CGGAAAGACUACGAGUCCCGAGAGGCAUAGCGUGCGCGACGGAAGUGGACAGACGUGGUGUAAUGAGGCGCGCCCUGAGCGCCGGCUACGUAGCGGGAAGGGAAGUUGGCCCCGUCGCGGCUGGGCUCGGCUUCUGGGCCUUGGUGGCAAGAGUAUCUUUGGCUUGAGGCCACACCAGAGCCCCAGAAAGAUGUUACCAAGCACUUCAGUGAAUUCCUCAAUGCAUGGGAAUGGAGUCUUGAGUUCCAGGGAUGCAGCAAGACACACGGCUGGAGCAAAGCGCUACAAAUAUCUCAGAAGACUUUUUCGUUUUCGGCAGAUGGAUUUUGAGUUUGCUGCCUGGCAGAUGCUGUACCUAUUCACCUCCCCACAGAGGGUUUAUAGAAACUUUCAUUACAGGAAGCAGACGAAGGACCAGUGGGCCAGAGAUGACCCUGCUUUCUUGGUCCUGUUAAGUAUCUGGCUCUGUGUGUCCACUAUAGGAUUUGGUUUUGUGCUGGACAUGGGAUUUUUUGAGACAAUAAAACUUCUCCUGUGGGUAGUAUUCAUAGACUGUGUGGGCGUUGGCCUUCUGAUAUCAACCCUAAUGUGGUUCAUCGCUAACAAGUACCUGGUGAAGCGCCAGAGCAGAGACUACGACGUGGAGUGGGGCUAUGCCUUCGACGUGCACCUGAACGCUUUCUACCCGCUCCUCGUCAUCCUGCAUUUCAUCCAGCUCUUCUUCAUCAACCAUGUUAUCCUGACGGACACGUUUAUCGGGUAUUUAGUUGGAAACACCUUGUGGCUAAUUGCAGUUGGCUAUUACAUCUACGUGACCUUCCUAGGCUACAGCGAGCUAUAUAUAAAAUGCCAAGGGCCUGAGGAAAUAGCAGUGUGAAGCUUUUCAUUAUUUUGAGAGAAUGUGGUCAUCACUGCAUACCUGUUACAAGGUGCUGAGUCUCCCCAUUUCUAAACACAGGGCUGGGGGAGCCCAGCUCACCCUCAUGACCUGCAGGGCAGCCCACACGAGCCGCUGUAUGAGACGCCCUGACAGCAGCAGCAUUUCUCACGGGGAAAAAACCAAGGACAACCCACAAAUAAUCAGAGCCACAUGGCCAGUAGGUGACAGUGCAGAUUCCUGUGUAAAUACUGACAGUUCCUAACAGAGCUUUUCUUCUGAAGACUUCCCAGAGCUCAACCAGAGCCCCAAUGAAGUACUCUUGUGUAUGACUGAAAAUAGAUCAGCUAUCAUGUCAGUUCUAAACAAAACCCCACUCGUCAGUUCCACCUAGCUUCCUUAGAAGGACUCUUCACUUCAGUGUGGCUUUCAAAGUUCUUUAUUUCAAAUACACAAGAAUGGCUGUAGCACAAACAGGGAUGAAAGGCACAGUCAACAGGACCAGUUGUCAGGAUUUCAGUUAUAGCAGCAAACUGGAAAAUAAAUAAUCUUCCUUUAAAAAUCCAACAGGUACCUAAAGUAUCACUAAAUAUAUUAACUGUCCAACCCAUGAAGACAUUUUCAGGAAAAUAUGUACAAUACAUUUGAGAAGAAAAAUCGGGUGCAGCCCGGCAGACCCUCUGGCGGCCUCUCCAGAGCCCGCCCGCAAGCAGAAGCGCCUGCCCGGAGGAAGCGCAGACGGCGCGCAGGUGAACCAGAACCGUUAGGCUCAGCGGAGUCUAAGUCUUCUAGAAAACGGACUGUGUCUACUGAGGCUCGAGUCUGCUGGCAGUGCAUCUUACAGUACUGUCGACAUCAGCCACUUUUAAGGCUCAGAAAUGUCUUCAAAGGUAUUUUCACCAAAUUGGGGCAAACACAGCAUUUCAGAGAAGCAAAGGAAUGCUAACCAAGCGGGCGUGCCGAACCUAGCACGCUACAAUAGUCUGCUAAUGACCACUGCAACGAAACUAAGAGCAAGUAAUGCAAGAUGACCUCCCUGGUGUCCAGGAGUGUGGAAAUAGUCCCCACGAGGAGGAUCCUUAUUUCAGACCAGUUUUCCCACUGCUGUCCCUUAGGCCUUACUACAGUGUUAACUCUUCCUUUGCUGCUUAAAGUCGCCUCCUUCUCGGCCCACACACAUGAUCCAGCCAAGUCCUUCUCUCUUUACUCUUUGAGAAAAAUCUUAGUGCCCAAAAACUGGAGAAAGGAAUGUUUCAGGUGAGAAGGGUUCACCUGGCCAGUGAUGAUGGAGGGUACCUGUAACAAAAUCCUUGAUUUGGCUGCUGUUUAAAAAAAAUAAUACUGUUGUCUUUUUAGCACUGUAUCUUCACAUGCAUUAAAGAAAUAAAGUAAGCAUACUGGUUGUCAUAGCA